AUGUCUUCCUGUAAGCUACCUUUAUUUCAUUCUCAGAAUUGAAGGCAUCACAUUGUGCCUGUCACUACACAUUAUUUUGCACGUAGGCCUGCGGAACAUUUCUCGAGGAGAAUGGACCUGUACUGUAUUUGGUUGAUCAUCUCCGGACUUACUCUGACAUCAACUCUCAGGGUUCUGGAAUGGCCACCCCUGAACUGCACACAACAGGAUCUUCAAUGCAGCGUUCACAUUAAUAACUGUUCAGAUGAGGGCUGGAUUAAACCCAGACGUCAGGCACCUAACAGUCCGGAGUGGCUCCCAGGCUCACAGCAGCAUGUGUUUGUGAGUAGAGGGGAGAGUGGCUAUCUGCAGCCCGUGAUCUCUCUGAGCUGGAGUCUACAAGUUAAUGGAGGUGUAGUCGCCAUCCGUGGGACCGAGGUGCACGUCAUUGAAGAGGCCAGUAAUCAAAGCAUAUGUGUCCGAUACAUCUUCCAUAACAAAAUCAAAAACAUGAUGACCAACUGGAACCCGUGGACAUUUUCCUUGGACAGAAUUGUGGUGGACCCUGAACACAGGUAUUCUGUUUCUGUCUACAAUUUACCAAAACCAGACCUGGGGAAUUACAGACUUGACAAAAUCAUUACAAUCCCAGGAUGCAAGGAUCCAAGAAUAAAAGAAGCCAAAGUGUGUUUGGAAAACGGCAGUCUUUGGGACCCCCAGCUGUCCUGGACUGUGCCAGUGGAUGGAGGAGAGAGACUGAUCAUCACAGUGGGUUUUAAAACAUCGGAGUUCUCUGAGGAGUACCAGAUAUCCAUCCAGAACACUCAACACUCACAGCAUGUCAUGAGGGAGAAUAGAACAUCAUUGAAUAUGACUUUUGAACUGGAUGUAUGGCAGCUGCCUCCAUGUGAAAUGCUCAUUGUGAUUCAGCCAUUUUUCAUACGGUGCAAGAGCAACUGUUUGCAUCACCAGACAAAGGUUAACUACUGCUCCUACUAUCAAAGGCCGCCCACUUACAGCCGAUCUUUGAUGAUAAAAGCAUUACUGGGGCUGACCAUUGCUAGUGGUUUCCUGGCUUAUUUGCUGCAAAAAACAUCCCAUACAGAUCCAGGAAACCAGCUCCUGACCACUCCCAGAAGUGAACUGGAGGGUGUCCAAGCACAAGAGAAAAGGAGGAAAGUCUUCAUCGUCUACUCUCUGGACCAUCCUCUGUACAUAGAGAUCAUCCUGAAGCUCUGUGCUUUCCUCAUGGUUAAGUGUGGCACAGAGGUGGUGCUGGACUUGCUGGACUCUGCCCGGCUGGGAGUUGUGGGUAGUGUCCAGUGGCUGGACUGGCAGAGGGAACAGAUUGUUAAGUCCUCAGACAAGAUCCUAAUCCUGUGUUCGCGGGGGGUAAGGGCCAAAUGGAGAGCAAUGUGUGAUGGUGCCAAAACCCAGGUGACCCUGAGAGAGGAUGUACGUUCCCCCAUGGGGGACAUGCUCACCCCUGCACUCAGCCUCCUGGUGCCCAGCUUCGUGAGAUCUGGGACGUUCCAGAACUACAUGGUGGCUUACUUUGAGGACGUGUGUUCCGAGGAGGAUGUUCCGUCUCCGUUUAACAUCACAGUGAGGUACAAACUGAUGAAGCAUUUUGAGGAGCUCCUCUUCAGGCUCCUGGAUAAAGAGAAACAUGAGCCAGGGAGGGUGAAUCGCAUUGAAGGCAUCACAGAGGACGAGUAUUUUCACUGUCCCUCAGGGAAAGCGUUGCGGGGCGCAGUGGAGGCUUUCCAUGCCUAUCAGCUGGAGCAUCCAAACUGGUUUGAGGAUGAACUAGUAAAGGACACAGAUGCGGACGUGGAAGAGGAGGAGCCUACCCUGGAGCAUCAUGCUAUAGGACAACCAAAUGAGAGCCCCAUCACCAUCAGACAGAGUGUGCCAUCAUCACCAUCAGACAGAGUGUGCCAGAGUGCAAAGAAGAUGGACCUCCCACUCUCAUCAAUGAUGUGACACCUUCCGAGAGGAAUCACAGGGUGUAUUCUGCAACCCUUCACAUGACAGAUGGACUCAAAGGCUCCACUUUAAAUGAAUCCAAACCAUUUCCUCUCUCGGAGCACACACAGGUACAGUGCCUUGCAAAAGUAUU